AUGGGUCGCCAAACGCUGCUCCUCGCUCUGGCAAACUUUCUAAUACCAGUCGCGAUACUGGUCUUCGCAACGGGCUUCUUCCCAUACAAGCCUUUCAUGCCCGGACUCGCGACAUUUGAAGCGCUGGGCUGGGAGGAAAAGUUUCGCUGGACUAAGACGCCAGAGCCGCAGUUUGAUCGGCUGGUGUUCAUGGUUGUCGAUGCGUUGAGGAGUGAUUUUGUGUUUGGCAGGGAGAGUGGUAUGACGUUUGUUCAGAGCUUAAUCCGAGACGGCUCCGCAAUCCCAUUUACAGCGCAUGCAACCUCGCCUACAAUUACCAUGCCCCGCGUCAAAGCCAUGACAACGGGCAGCAUCCCCUCCUUCCUUGACGUCAUCCUCAACUUCGCCGAGAGCGACACCACUUCCACGCUUGCUACCCAGGACACCUGGCUUGCGCAGCUGAAGGCAAAGGAAGGUGGGAACUUGGUCAUGUAUGGCGAUGAUACUUGGUUAAAGCUGUUUCCCGGCUUCUUUGAACGCGCGGAUGGGACAAGUAGUUUUUUUGUUUCGGAUUUUACGGAAGUCGAUACUAAUGUGACCCGGCAUGUUCCUGAAGAAUUGCUGAAUGGUGAUUGGAAUGCGAUGAUUCUGCAUUAUUUGGGUCUUGACCAUAUUGGGCAUAAGGCUGGCCCUAAAAGCCCCAAUAUGAUCCCUAAACAAGUCGAAAUGGACGGCAUCGUCCGUCAGAUAUACGACGCAAUCGAAAACGAAGACCAUCUUUCUAAUACGCUCUUUGUCCUCUGUGGAGACCACGGGAUGAAUGACGGUGGAAAUCACGGAGGCUCCGCACCCGGGGAGACUUCACCUGCAUUAGUCUUCAUGUCUUCCAAAUUAAAGAAGAUUACGGAAUUCAUGGAUAGAAAGAGUCCAGUAGACGGCAAGGGAGAAGGUGGGAUGGAAUUUUAUAAGAAGGUUGAGCAGAGCGAUAUUGCCCCCACGCUCGCAGGACUACUAGGAUUUCCAGUCCCGAGGAACAAUCUGGGUGUUUUCAUUGAAGACUUUCUUUACUUCUGGGACGACGGCUCCGAUCGCAUCCAACUCCUCCUACGAAAUGCCAGGCAGGUGAAAAGGAUCGUAGAAGCCACAUUCCCAAGUCUAAACUUCGACGACAAAGUUCGAGAUAUCGAGACGGAGUGUGCAGGCGAGUUGAGCAGUGGGGAGAAUUUAGCGUGUAGAUGGCAGGGCGUUGUGCAGAUCAUGGAGACGGUCGCGACAAUUCAUCCUAAGUUGAGAGUGGAUCAGAUUUACUAUUUCCUCCGUGCCGCCCAGGACGUAAUGUCUAGCACCGCCUCGAAUUACGAUGUUUCACGCCUCAUCCUCGGCACGUCGAUUUCGCUUUUAUCCUUCGGGCUUACAUUUGCGACGCUCUUACCAACCCUCUCUAUGAUCUCCUCAACCGGAAUAUUUUAUUCCUUCACUCUCAUUCUCUAUGGUGUAUUAAUGUUUGCAUCUUCGUAUGUCGAGGAAGAACAUCAUUUCUGGUACUGGACUACUUCGGCUUGGUUCUUGUAUCUUUUCAUUACUGAAUCCCGCAAACAAUGGUUUCCCAAAUUCCUCUUCCAUCCCGCCAUAAUGCUCCUUUUCUUACACCGAAUAAUCCGACGCUGGAACCAAACUGGCCAAAAAUACGCCGGCGCACCGGACAUUGUGCACUCGCCGUUCCUGCGAGGUUCCAACUCACUCGUACUUUGGAGUCUUAUCGGCGCGACAUACAUGGACAUCACCAUCCGCCUAUCCCGACACGUAGCGCGGACGAUCUCAGAUGGAGACAGCCCCCCCGCAACCGGCGAGGACACUGAUAAAGAACGAUUCAUGGGGACAUUAGCGGUGCUGCCUCUUGGAAUUACGGCGUUUAUGUUUAAGCUUGCGUUUACGGCUAGAGAUGCCCCGGAGCUGGUACAAGGGAUUACGGCCGGUGUUUUGGGAUUUGUAGAGGAUUUGAGUUUGGUGGGUGUUGCGAGGAUGGUGUUUGUUGGGAUUGCGCUUAGUGCGAGUUGGAUUGGGAUUUCGGAGUGGAGACGCUCGAGGGGAAGGAGAGGGAUGGGGAAGGGGAAAGGGAAGGAGGGGGUAAGUGGUGGUGGUGGUGACUUCGCUCCCGCGCUUUUCGACCUGCUGUCCCUUUUCCUAAUAACCCAAACACGUGCGCAAAACAUCCCGCUCUACCUACUAUUCAGAAUGCAGCUAUUCUUCCUAACCCUCCUCGACCUUCCUCCCCUCGCCACAACUCUAACCACCAUCCUCCUAACCCAAACCUCCUUCUUCGCCCUCGGCAACACCAACGCCAUCUCCUCAAUCGACCUCUCAAACUCUUACAAUGGCAUCUCGGGCUACGCCAUCUCCGCCGUCGGCUUUCUAGUCUUCGUCUCCAAUUGGGCCGGCCCAAUAUACUGGAGCAUAGCCGGCAUCCUUCUCCUCGGUGGCUACACCCGCAGCGGCGGUACCGCUGCAAAAGUCCUGGACGCGAAAGAGAUCGCAGAGGAGACGAAGGGGUGGGUUGUUGCCGAGCGGGAGUAUCUUGAAACGCUGAUUGACAAAGACAAGCAUGCUAAAAGGAGUAGGCAAGAUGGAGGCGUUUUUAGACAGCAUGUAGCGGGACUGUCGCUUUUUACAGUGGGGGCCGUUGUGGCGGUUAUGGCGGCUUGUACAGCAUUAAGGAGUCAUUUGUUUAUAUGGACAGUGUUUAGUCCGAAGUUUUUGUAUGCGAUGGCUUGGGGGGUGGCGUUUCAUUUAGGGGUUAGUGUAGGGGUUGGGGGGGUGGUUUGGUGGGUAGGGAGUUGGUGA